GUUUUCUCUAUUUUACCCACUUGCUUGCCACAGGCAAUUUGGCAGCAGCUAAUGGACUUCGUAGACUUUGAAGAAUCGGCUUACGUUAAAGAGGAAGAGGAGGAAGACGACGAACAGAAAAACUCCUCGAGGCCCGUCAGACGUAGAGCUCGUCUUGCUCUAUCUUGUCAACGAUGCCGUAAAAAUCGCUCGAAAUGCUCUCGUACUCGCCCAAGAUGCUUACAAUGUGAAGAGGCUGAUACCGAGUGUACUUAUUUGGAGAUUCCAGGUGAUCUUGAAAGCACAGCUCUACGACAACGAUUUGCUGGACUCGAAGAUCAAAUUCACACUGCUUUGGCUCAAUUCGACGCUAUUGAAAGUCUGGUGAAGGAUAACUUGGAUUGCGUCAAUCAACAGCAAGAUUCCAAUGCAAAUAUCCGUACUAUCACCAAUGGACAGAAUGGCCACCAUAACAUGGAAGUGGAUUUUCCGGCAGACGAAGUUCAUAUCAAUACUCGCUCGAUACAAUCUUGGGAUAUCGAGCGAAAUCCUGAGUCGAGCACCGGUGGUCUUUCCAUACACACAUACUCAAGAAAGCUCGACGAUUUGUGUCAAGUACUUCUCAGCUUUGGUCUGGACAAUAUGCACUUGACCGGACAAGAAGACAGGGACGGCUCCUAUGAGCAGAAGAACCUUAUCAGGAACGACGUUAUCUAUAGAUCUAUGCGACUCUCUCAUUUCACGACCGUCUCAUUGAAGCAUAUUCCUAAUGACGUUACAAUUGCUCCCAAGAUGAUGGAAAACGAUGAUAGUGAUGGUCCUAUCUCCCUUCCCCGCCUUCCACCUCAGCUCUUAGUCAAUAUUUUACACCAACAUCACAAUUGUAUUCUGCAUGGAUCUAUACCGAAAUUUGCACGAACGUUUUCUAGAAUUCUGCUGCAAACCAAUCAACCGCAACAGCUAAAAAUGCUUCAGUCCUCCAUGCUAUGCCACCUCAUUCCGCAUGCGUUUCGCUGGCAUCCAUCUGUGUUAAUGCCUUACAUUUCAUCUGAACGAGAAUCCUUCAACUAUGCACAGAAAUAUUAUUUGUACACCAGACAAAUUUUGGCAGCCUGUUGCUUCGAAGAGCCCACUUUGCUCACUGUACACAGUCUUGUGAAUUUGGCACUGUACAAUAUCGAGAGCGGAGAUCCCAAUGUGACGUAUAUGAAUAUCGGCAUGGCAUCUAGAAUGGUGUACUCUCUAGGUAUGCAUCGAGAAGAAAAUUUACUUGGCCUUGUCGAAUCGCAAUUAGAGACGACUCCCAUUUUGCGGUCUGUCUUUACCGACCAAAACGAUACGGUUCAAUCUCUCAUCGAUUACGCGCGAUCUCUCUUUUGGGUUGUCUAUUGCAUAGAUACCGAUGCUUCCCAUUUUCACAACAAACCAUACAAUAUGACUCUAGAUGACUGUACGGUGAAAUUUCACACCCCGUCAAAUGAAGCGACGCUGAGAACUAAAGCUUUGGCUAAACGGGAAAAGUCAAUGUCUCCACCCACACGCACGUAUGAUUUAUUUCCACCAUUAUCACAGGGUUAUGAUGAAUGCGACGAAUUAGAACCAGAUGUUCAAGUUGAGGAGCUUACGAACGGUCUCUCGGAUCCAUAUGCUGAAAAAGACCGGUAUCAGGCAUUGUAUAAACGAUACAACUUUGAAAACCUGCAAAUCACACGAGAGAUUCGCGAAACAUGUUAUUCCGACUCGCAAGUCAUGGUGUCUUUGAAAGAAGUUGAACGCAUCGAAGGCAUUUUGCACUCAUUUUAUGCCGAACUUCCUGAAUGGAUCCGCAAUGAAGACGAGAUCACGCCAAAAAUGUCGUUAUGGCAAUCCCGCUGCAAGUAUAUGGAAUUGAUACGGUACUAUGGUAAUUGGAUCUUAUUGCACCAAACCUACCUGCCACUUCCUGAGCUAUCUACCUCGCCUGUACUUGCAUCGUCUCCAGUUCCUGGCAGCGUUCAUCACUCGCCCCCAUCACGAUUUGCCGCGUUUGGUCCAUUGGAUGAAGAACACAACCGUUCGCUGGAAGCCUGUACUAAGGCCGCCAUGCGUAUUUCAAAAUUAUUCGAUUUGUGGGUACCUGCUUCCGAUGAGAUGGUGGCAGUCGGCGUGGACUGCUAUUUCCGGCCGUGUGUCCACGAAUUUAAGCAUGCUUGCGAAGUGCUGGUUUACAACGCUCAUCAUGCUCAAUUGCAAUCCGUCAAAGACCAAGCGCUCAUCUGCUUGAAGCUGUUGAUGGAAGUCAUGCAACGAACGCCAGUUUGGGAUAUUGCAAAGGAUAGACCCUUUAUGGUGACGGUUCAGCAGACCAUUGCUGAAUAUGAGUAGUAGCAGCACUUUGCAUAACAUGUACAUAGAAUUGAAUAGUGUUUUUUUUUUUG